GGCAGGUAGACUGAUUUAUCAUCGCGUGCACAUUACUAAUCAAAACUCCAUCCAGCAUAGAGGUAUUUCAGGUAACAUGCACAACACAUGGCAUCACGAUCAUUGGUGUUUUUCAAGACUUCAAGAACCCAUGUUUUGCGUAGGCAACUAUCAAGACAUCCAUUACCUCGCACAAACUGAACCAGAAACAAAUACAAGAUGUGGUCACAUAAAGAAGAAACAAAAGAAAAUGCAGUGAACACUCCAUAGCAGUCUGCUGCUCACUACCAAUCACUGUAUUUUAUUAUAUGGACCCCCUUAUUGUCAAAACCAACAAGAAAAAAAAGUUCUAAAACUUCUGUAAGUUCCUUUUAACUGGAUACAACAAAUGAAACAAUCUUAAAACUUUAUUGCAGAUGCAUUCCUAACUACGAAUAAUGAGAUGAAAUCAAAAUUUGGUCUUGAUGCGGUAUAGCCUCACCAGCAGAGUGAUAAUGCAAUGGCAGCGAAAGACACAAGACUCCACGAAGCAGUGCGUUACUGUGAUAUCGAUCAGGUGCGUGAGGCGCUCAAGGAUCGUCUUAGUCCCAAUGACAUUGGGUUGUACCAGUGGAGUGCCCUGCAUGAGGCAGCACAGCAGGGAGAGCUGGAGAUUCUAAGGCUGUUGCUGAAACAUAAAGGAGACCCAAAUAAAAAGGACCACCUGAGAAACUGCACAGCGGUACACUAUGCAGCAAAAGAGGGCCAUAUGGAAUGUCUAAAACUGCUGAUUAAAUAUGGCGGUAGAUAUGAUGUCCUCAACAGUGAUGGGGAGUCCCCACUAGAUGUCGCUGUGGGAGAAUGUGAGAAUUUGUUACAGACUCAAAUGGUUCAAGAUUUGAUAAAAACAUCGAGACAAGAGGCAAAACAUCAAGCUGAAGAACAAGCAAAAAAACUGGAAGAAAAGAAAAAGAAAUCUCUUAGUAUUGGGGAAAAGAAUGACCUUAACCUUGGCCCCAAGGGCAAUGAAGAUGACCUUGACAUUCAAAACAUUCCUCGUAUUAUUGAACCUCAGAAAGAAUCUUCUGGAUUAAAGGCUUGGGAAAGUGAAAGGGAUGGAAAACAGAAAGAUAAUUCUGCAUACUUGCAGCUGUCAUUUGAGUAUAAUUCCCAUAAAGCCAACCUGAAGAUCCGCGUCUGGCAGAUUAGCAAUAUCUUACUGCCACCUCCUGAGAAUUCCAUGAUCAGCACCAUCUACAUCAAGAGCUACCUGAUUCCUGACAAAGAUAAAGAGAGCAAAAGGAAAACUGAAGAGGUUAAAGUUCAAAGUAAUGCCAAGGGUCAAGGUCAGACAGAAGAGGUCAAGUUUGAUUCGAAAGCAGCUCAGAAGGAUGACGGUAACCAUCCACCAAUUCAAAUCACCCAAGUCGUGUUCACACCUUCAACUUUUAAGUUUUCAAAACCAUUGGAGUAUGCAAACCUUACCAAGGAAAUAGUGAAAGACAGGACAGUAGAUAUUCAAGUGUUUGUGACGCAGAAAUUCACCAGGAAGAGUUACAUCAUCGCUUAUACGCGGAUUCCACUCAGAAGUGCAGUGAAAAAACUUAUCAGGGAGAAAUUCCCCCUGACCCCUUGCAUGGGAAAGGGGAUUCCUGACAGCAUGAAAGUAUAUAGCUCCAGUGAAUAUCUACCACAUCAUGCCUAUAGGAAUUUCAGUAGCGAUCCUAAUCUUAGGCAUCCAUCAAUGGCAAGUCUUUUUGUGCCUCACGCAGAGCGUGCAUCCAGUGACACAAAUCUGCGACAGAUUAAAAGCGAGGAGCCUGUCCACAAGACGCCUUCUGUGGAAAUUACUGUCCAACCUGACAGAGAAGGAGCUGCUGCUGAUGAUGGUGAUGAUGAAUACCUUGCUGCGGUCAGAGUUCACAGUGCCAAAGAACGCCAUGCAGGACAGAGUAAAAGCAUGUUAAAUUUGAGCAUCCCAAUGCCGGGUGAGAUCUCCUCUGCUGAUGAACCAGAGCAGGUCAGAGUACUCAAAUAUGAACAUCCUAGCUCCACUUAUGUCAAAAUGCCUGGUGCCAUGAAAAAACUAGAACGUCGCAAAAGUUUGAGCACCCCGGAACUUACCACCACAGAUGAUUCAGAGAUGAGUGAAUUGGACAGCUCUUUGAAUAGUCAGAAAGGCGGGCUUGUAGGGAGAAUGACUCAGCAGAGACGGGAUGUUUUAUCACAGCUAGAAAAAGGGAAAAGACGGACAAAGAUAGACAGGGUGGCCAGGCGAGUCCAGUCACCUCUUGUGGAAGCGGAGACCAGUUUCUCCAACAUCGCUGGUGUACAUCAAGGUCCAAGUACAAUUGUGUCAUUAGGGCGACGAAAGUCACAGUGUAAGAGCCCUGAAGUAUUGAGGUCUUUGUCCCCUCCAGUUACAGUUUCAAUAGAAACAACAACGCGCGUCAAUUCAUUGAGUCCCACCCCUCAUAGUGUGGGUCAUUAUAUUGCUGAACAUGAGCAUAAGGAAAAUGAACAGACACAUUUGCCAUCUAUACAGACACGCAAGUCGCUGCGCUCAGCAUCCAAAUCCAAUCACCGACCACCUUCUGUCCCAGGAAAGGCGGCCAUUGUUGACUCAGCUGUCCACUUUGAGGAUGACCUGACUGGACAGAGGUCACCAGGAAAACAAUAUAUAGGUGGACGUAGAGACAGUUUGCAAUCAUUCCAACCCAAACCAGUUAGAGAUUACUCCCCAGCUAAAUCACCCACAAGAACUAGGUCAAGGUUAUCAGGGGGUCAAGUUCAUCAAGGCCAAGGUUGCCACAGUAGGAGUGGGACAGGUUCAAGCAGAGAUUCUGAUACGCCCACUCCAAGUCCUAGGGAGUCCAUAGAAAUGAGACAUCUAGAUAGGGAUGAGUUACGGAAACAGUAUUUGGACAGGGCAGCAAAAAUCACCAUGACAGCGACCCCUGAGGUCAGAGUUAGAAUGUUUCAAAGAACUGGGAGGGAGCCACACCCUGCCACACCCCACCAUCUCAGAGGAAAGCAUCAGUUUUCAGAUAAUCCUGAGGAUGACAGUUUGGACCCCUUUUAUAUUCCAGGAACUCCAGUUGACUCUCCUGCCCAUGGAGGGAAAAAGUGAAUUAUAUUUGACUGGAAAACAUGGGAAAAGAACUAGAUAACAUGAGGUGAUAAAGUGAGGGGGAAAUCUAAAAAAAAAGCCUCAGUUUCUAAAAUUUUAGUAUAUUUUCCCUAGGUGCUUUUAUUGAUUGUCUUUUAUGCAAAAUGUGCAGAUAAUGUGCAUGAUUUCCAAAAAGAAAUUACUAAGUAGAAUGUUAAUAAGUAUGGAGUAAAUAAAAGGGGGAGAUAUUUGUUAUAUGUUCAUAUACUAUACUAAGAUAUUAUGAUACUUAGAUUUUUCUGACACAGGAGUGAAAUUUCAAUAUUAGCAUUAGUAUUUUAGACUUUAUUUCCCAUGCGUUUUACAGCAUCUGACAGUUUUUUUUUUUUCGUUAGCCAGUUUGUGUUUCUUAUAUACAGAUUUAGGGCACAAAUAUUUCAAACACAUUUUUUUACUGCAGCAGGGUCCAAUAAAAAGUGAACGAAAAGCGCAAGAACUUCGAAACAACCACAGGUUUUGUAGAAAUUUUGAAAAGUGAUCUCUAUUCAGUCAGUUUAAGUGGAUAUGUAUGUAGGUGUUAUACACGAAGCUAUUUUCCAUCCUCUGUCCGUGGUUAUUAAGUUAAAACCAAGAGCAUUCCGACUCGGCCAUUCUCGGGUGUUUUCGUAUCAAACCUACUUGUUACGGAAAUGGAUUAUGAGAGACCCGUAUGGAACCGUGCAUUCAAAAUCAUUAUUAUCUGUGAUUAGAUUUUUAGUGUUUCAAGAGAAGAUUUAUUGAGUAUUUAUUCAUUAUCAGUUUUUCGGUUUUUGAAAACUGUUUUUGUAUAUCUUGUCUAUGUGGAGAUAAACGAUUAGUUUCCUGUUUUAAAUACAAAUGAUGUUAGAAUACGCACCAAGUUAACUUAUUAUUUACUAUCAUGUUUUCUCUUAAUAUUUAGGUUACCGUUCAUAAAACUUCAUUUAGAGUAUAUUUAUUAAAUUUCUGUCUUAACCGCACAAAUGAUUUAUGCAUUCAGAAGAAAAUAA